UUCCGGUCCCCUCACUUCCGGCUCCGCUGCUCUCGGCUCGGGGGUUGCAGGCCGGGUUGGGAGGCCGCGGCUGUGCGUGUCCUCAGCGGUCGGUCAGGGUGAGGCUGUGACAGCUGCACUUGCUCCCCGCCCCCGCGGAGCCGAGGUAUGUCUGACUGCAGCAAUGAUACUACAACUCUUGGCACAUCUAAACCAGCCACAGAAGAGGUCAAGUCUAAUUCUGAGGAGUCUACCAUGGCUCAAGAAUCUCCAAAAAAUUCAGCAGCAGAAAUUCCAGUGACUAGUAAUGGAGAAGUUGAUGACCCUCAUGAUCAUGGCUUUAACAGGGAUUUCAAGCGUUCUUUACCAGCUGGACUUGGUCUCUCAGAAACCCAAAUCACUUCUCAUGGCUUUGACGGUACCAAAGAGGGGGUUAUUGAUGCAGGAACGUUUCAAGGUUCCCCAGCACCACCACUGCCAUCUGUUAUGUCUCCUAGCAGGGUGGCAGCUAGUCGACUGGCUGAGCAAGGAGGUGAUUUAAUUGCUCCUGCAGGUGGCCAGAGAACACAGACAAAAAGUGGGCCAGUUAUUCUAGCAGAUGAAGCUAAAAAUCCUGCGAUGGAAAAGUUAGAACUUGUUAGAAAAUGGAGUCUAAACACCUACAAGUGCACUCGACAGAUUAUCUCUGAGAAGCUGGGCCGUGGAUCAAGAACUGUGGACCUUGAGCUUGAAGCUCAGAUUGAUAUAUUAAGAGAUAACAAGAAAAAAUAUGAAAAUAUUCUAAAACUGGCUCAGACAUUGUCAACCCAGCUUUUCCAGAUGGUGCAUACCCAAAGGCAACUUGGAGAUGCAUUUGCUGAUCUGAGUUUGAAGUCACUAGAACUCCAUGAAGAAUUUGGCUAUAAUGCAGACACUCAGAAGCUUCUGGCUAAAAAUGGAGAGACUCUUCUAGGAGCCAUUAAUUUUUUCAUUGCCAGUGUGAACACUUUGGUGAAUAAAACAAUUGAAGAUACAUUAAUGACUGUGAAACAGUAUGAAAGUGCCAGAAUUGAAUACGAUGCAUAUCGCACUGACUUGGAAGAACUGAAUCUUGGACCACGUGAUGCAAACACUCUGCCAAAGAUUGAGCAAUCACAGCAUCUGUUCCAAGCACAUAAGGAAAAAUAUGAUAAAAUGCGCAAUGAUGUUUCUAUCAAGUUGAAAUUUCUUGAAGAAAAUAAGGUUAAAGUCUUGCACAAUCAGCUGGUCCUUUUCCACAAUGCCAUUGCCGCUUACUUUGCUGGGAAUCAGAAGCAGCUUGAACAGACACUUAAACAGUUCCAUAUCAAAUUGAAAACCCCUGGAGUGGACGCCCCAUCUUGGCUUGAAGAACAGUAAAAAUCACACCUGGAAAAGAAAGAAAAGGAAGUCAUAUUGUUAUAUUUCUAAACAAACCUAAUAAGAAUUAAAUGGAAAUGGGAGAAGAGGGAAAGGGUGACAGCCAUUAUAGUGAUUCUUGCACAAACAGCUUUAAUUUUUCCCUAUUUCAUACUUUAACAAUUGAACUGUUAAAUUUGAUGGGAAGGUGGGUGUUUUAAUGUAAACAUAAUUUCUAUAAUCUGAACACAAUAAUUCUCCAUUUUGAGAAAUCCUUUUGUAUUGUGAAGGUUGAUGGCUAUUUCUCUAGCUUGAAAACACCUAAUAUAGAUUUGCACUGACAAGAUAAAAAUUCAAGGUUUUUGGUCCCACAGGUGAGGACCAGUCGUAACUUUUCAAGGGAGGUUUACAUGAUUUGUAUCAACAUCAGAUAUUUUAUAUAUGAACAUAUUAAACAUCUUUAAGAGAGUCAUUUUCAUCUAUUGUCUUAAGGAAAAAAGAAACUAUUUUGCAGAGUAAAAUUAUAUGGUGUUCCUGCAGCAUCCACAUAAAGGAGGCAGCUCUGACGAAUGACUGAUGGGCUGGUGGAGUUGUGGCAAAUACCUUUUUAAAAAUGAAUCUGUACCAUUGUAGUUUUGUUUAGGCUUUUUCUUAAAGACAGAAAUCACACUGUCAUUUCUGUGAGGCUUUUGAGCUUACGAAUUUGUGUCACCCAAAGUCAUGAAACGGUUCUGUUAGCAAUUUCUUUUGAUUCGUAAUGAAACCUGCUUAAAAGAAUUCUUUUGACAGGUGGACUUGGAAAUAGAAAUUCUUGAUGGUUCCUAGAGUAGAAACCUAUGCUUUGAAAGCUAGUUUGGGGUAAAUUCCAUUUUGACAGACGUGAAUUCCUAGACGCCUUUCAUUGACUUCCAUGUGUAACAAUACCGGUUAAGCCUUAAAUCACAAAUAUGUGCCUUCUCAGAUAAAGUAAUUCUCAUUCAACCAAUGUACAUAAAUCCAUAAAGAAGCCCCUUUCAGAUAAUGUUUGACGUGUCUGUUCCUUCCUGGGAAAGGAGCACUGUGUAUAAAUGUUGAGUUUCUAUGUACUCGUUAAGCCACAUUUAAGGUUUAUGAAGAAAUCAGCUUUUGAAUUCGCUCUUCGGUUUUUCUUCAUUCCUUUCGUGGAAUGGGAAGACGGAGGACUUUUCACUUGUGUAAAGAAAGGGUGGUGUGUGUCCGUGUGGGGGUAGCAAGAAGAAAGGGGCUGGAGAGGCCAGUACUGCUUCAUUUGCUCAGCACUGUGGGUUUUGUGUUGUGUGGUUGGCCUGUCUGCUGUGUGGUUUUUAUCAGUAAUGGAAUCCUUUUUCAAUAUAAGUUCUCUUGAUUUUUGUCAUAGACAUGAAUUAUUAUUUUGAGAAGUAUCUCUGUACCUGUUCAUUUCUUUUGUGUUGAAAUGAAGUACUUAAAAUUACUGUUAUACAUGACCUUCGUGGACUGUAAGAUUUGUUAUAUAUGUUCAGAUGCCAUUUAGCUGACUUUUUAAUUAAUAUGCCUGUGUCCAGUGCUUAACACAGUGUCAUGUGACUGUAAAUCACAAACCUAUUUUAAAUCAUUCCCUCCUGUAUAUUUGUACUCUGAGAGCCUUAUUUUAUUCUUCCAGCAGAAUUACUACUUGUGAUAGUUCAUUUACAUUCCCCAGAAUGUGCCUCUGGUGUGAAUUUUGUAUUCUUAUUAAAAGUGUUUGCUGCAGCACCCAUU